UUCGAAAAUUGCCAUCAUCGCAUAAAGCAUGCAGUCACCUAAAAUUACAGUGAAUUCCGAAACAUCAUGGGGGUUAAACAUUCAAAUACACCUGUUGGAUAUGCAUGCUUACACGCGCGGCACACGUGUGUGCGUGUGUACAUACUAAAUCGUAUCGAUACUGCUUGCCGUUGUUGUUGGUUUAUUUGAUCGUCGUUGGAAUAGUUCAAAUCUACAGAAGCCAAGGCAGUCAACGGCGAGUCGCAGUACGCGUAACAUCGGGAAAGGGAAACAAGAUCUACCGUCCUUUACACAAACACAAGCCCGCUCAAGUUGCAGUCUUUUGCUCGGUUAUAUACAAAGUCAAGCAGAAACAUGAGCGCCUUGACACUAGUGCUACAACAGCUUCCAGGCGUCGACGCCGAUGAGUUCCGAAACCUGCGGUCGUAUUACGCUUGCGGCAAGUCAUAUCGGGAAGCGCUCAAUGGUAAGAGAAGGACAAGAUCAUCUCUAAGCACCAGCUCCACCAAAUCGAGCAGCGGCGUCAGCAGUCCGUCCGAUGAGGAUAUCGAUAAGCCAUCGGCGACAACGACGUCGAAAUCGCUCACCAGCUCUAGCAAAUCGGACAGCGGCGUCAGCAGUCCGUCCGACGAGGAGGUCGCGGAGUCGUCGACGACAACGUCGGAAAUUCACAUCGACGACGAAAAGGAGGCACCACUAAAGGUGAAGAUCACGAAAGAAAUUGACAAGCCAAAAGAGACGUGUACGAAUAACCUUCGAAUCAUGUACAGAGGACGAGAUAUUUUGAAUCUUGAGAGAAAUGCACAACCAUACAAGUGGCAACUAACAUCGCCAUUGUUCGGAUUUUAUCAAAAAUUUUCGAUCUACAAGAAUUUUUCUCGUCACCAAAACUUCGAGUCCUUUGAGGGGUACAAAAUGCACGCAUGCGGUAUCUGCGACUUCUAUGAACCGGUGUCCGAUGAACAAUAAUAAACUUCGGAAAUGCGACUCUGCGCGUUCGACUAUCUGUGAUACUCAAGUUUAAGCGGCGGCCGGCUCAACGAGAGGAUGAUUUUACUUAUAUUAUAGACGACAAGCUGGAAAGUGACUAGGCUGACUAAUUAUCUCUCGCGUCGGUUAUGGGCUGCGCAGGUUUUCUUUAUUUGUUUCGUCAUUGUUCUCUGCGACAACAUACGAGAAACCAGUUUUACGCCAGUGGAGUCAAUUUUAAAAUUAUGUUUUAUAGCUAUCAGUUUUCCACUGGUAAAUCACUUUGAAACGGAUUAUAUGAAAAUAGACGACGACGUCCGGUAUAGUACACGUUAGCUGUCGAGAAACGGUUUCUCGAAAUCACGGAAGCUACCUUUUAGAUAAUCGUGUAACUAAUUGAGUAAUAUUUGUAAAUAUAUAAGCAGGUAUAUUUAACUUGUAUGUUUGUAUCCGAAUAUUACUUUCAAUGAAUGUAAGUUUACUCAAGCUAUGAAACGUUUGAUUCUAAGUAAAUUUUACUUAUAAUACUACAGCAAAAUGAAGACGUCUAUAAUCAGGUACGUGUCAAACCGUCUUGACAUUUUUUUAUCGUAUUUUAGACAAUGAAAAAUCAAUUUUCGCUUACAAACUUGAACUAAAAUUUAGACUUAAGACGAGGAUACUUUCUAUGAAAGUGCCAUAUCAUCAGGUUAAAUCAGUGUAAGCUUUACUGCGUGAAACGUAAAUCUAUGUACACACGAUGCUAAUGCUCAUGAAAUGUAACUUUUAAUGUUCUAAAUCGUUUAACAUCUUUCGUAUUUAUAACAAGCAGAAUCUGCAGUACGAUCGAGUUGAAAAAAUAUUUUUUGAUUAAUGAUACUAAAAUGUUGAAGUAAAACGAUUAAUGCAUCAUAGCUUGGUUCUAAGUAGGUAUAAUUUCGAUUGAGAUAUUUAUUUGACUAUUGCAUAUAAUGCAAAUAUGCCAGUAAUAAGUGAACUAUGCAUGUAUCUUUUAAAUAUGCAGAAAUAAGACUGAUGUAAAAAAAUAAAUGAUUGCUUACAAUGCGUA